GCGCUAAAUAAUUUAAUUUGGACUAAAUUAAAUUAUUUUUCCUAAGGAACGUCUUGGACCGAGUAACUGCUGCAGCGGGAGAUUUUCUUCAGUAGGGGCUCAACCACUGCAACCUUUUCUGGGGUAAGUUAUUUCAACCGAGUUUUAACCGUUAGCCGUUGGUGACUUAUUUACGAACUUUGGCGUUAUUAAAUAUUUAGGAUCCCGUUGCUUGGAAAGCACACGUGUCUUGCGGUUAGGACUCGUCGAGUGAAUCUCCAGGUAAGAGAUUCUACUACUAGUUUCAUGUUUGAAGUAUGAGACUGUGUAUGCCCUAUGUUGCAUAUUGAGGAUUUGACAGUAUGAUGCCUGAAAUAAACGCUAGUAUGAUGCAAAUGACGAUAUAGUUGUGCUAUAGCCUGUUAUGUGUGGCAAGAUCCAUUAUGCUUACGACGAAUGUCGGGACGGAGAAUGUAGAAAUGAUUAUGUGACAUGUUAUAUGCUGAUGCCAUGUGUAUGUAUACUGCAAUUAGGGUACCUGUUAGCUUGAUUCUGUUAGAGUCGUACCUGCAUGGGUGUCCUUCGGGAUCACCACCUAUUGAGGACUGUGUGGUCCGACGGGACGCCAGUCUAGCAUGAUAUAGACAUGACUCGAGUGACUCGACGGGGUCCUCGCAUCCCGACUGUCCUAGGUGUCCCCGGGCACCGAAGACCAGAGUUACGUCCCUACGGGAGCGCAUGAUUGCACGUGUUCGGGAACGUGCCAGAGAUUGGGUACCAGUUAUCAGGACUCUAACAGGAAGUUAACAGGCACCUAGUGGGACUAGUAGUGGGUCCCUUACUGAGUAUUUUUAUACUCAUUCUCUCCAUUUUAUGUUUUCAGGUAGAGGACGAGGCAAGGGCAAGGGCAAACUGGCGAGCGACCCGAAGUGAGACCGAGGAGGGCCAUAGGGACUACCGCUUCCGCUUAUUUCUUAUUUCAGAUUUUAGCAUUUGAGUUUGAGUACUUUUUUUAUUUUUUCUAUCUUUUAUGUAGAUAGGGCCCGAGUAGGAUUUCAGAACGUUUUUACAUUUUUGCACGACUACCUUGUUUAUGCUUUUAUAAAUGAAUUUCUUGAACCGUAUGCUUUUAAUAAAAUUUUAUGACUUAAACCACUUGUUCUAUAUUGAGUAAUGACUUCGAUUCAGUAUAAGGAGUUGGGUCGUUACAGUUGGUAUCAGAGCACAGUGUUUUAGGUUCUGUAGACUGACCUACGAUGUAAGUCAUUUUUGUUUUUGGUUUUACUUCACCCUAUGGCUAUACGGUCCUUCGGCACUCGCCAGGUAUGUCUAAAGCCUUGCUAAUGUUAAGAUUACAAUUUUGCCUGAAUAGUCUAAGACCUAGAUAUAGGGUGUUAAGUUCUUGUGGUGAGAAGUUUGUUGGUGAAUUUUAGGGAGAAUGCCGCCACGUAGAGGUACACGCCGAGGAGGUGGUAGGGGAGGCAGAGGAGCCGGUCGUGGCCAGCCGGAGGCGCCACCUGUUGCACCGGCAGUCGACCCAAACGCACCGGUCACCCAGGCGGAUCUCGCCGCAAUGGAGCAGCGUUAUCAGGACAUGCUGCAAGCUGCUUUGGCGCCUUUCCUUGCCGCCCAGCAGAACCAGGCCGCCCCUGUUCAGGCCGAGGCCGCCCCUGCUCAGGCCCAGGCCGCCCCUGUUCAGGCUCAGGCCGUCGCUCCUCCAGCCCCUGAGGAAGCUCAACCAGUACCAGUUCAACUGUCGGCCGAGGCGAAACACUUACGGGAUUUCAGGAAGUAUAAUCCCAAGACCUUUGACGGAUCCAUGGACAACCCCACAAAGGCCCAAAUGUGGUUGACGUCCAUAGAGACUAUUUUCCGGUACAUGAAGUGCCCAGAAGACCAGAAGGUGCAGUGUGCAGUCUUCUUCUUGGAGGACAGGGGCACCGCCUGGUGGGAGACCGCGGAGAGAAUGCUAGGGGGCGAUGUAAGCAAAAUAACAUGGGAGCAGUUCAAGGAGAACUUCUAUGCUAAGUUUUUCUCCGCCAAUGUGAAGCACGCCAAGCUGCAAGAGUUCCUAAACUUGGAGCAAGGCGACAUGACGGUGGAGCAGUACGACGCCGAGUUCGAUAUGCUGUCCCGCUUUGCUCCCGAUAUGGUAAGAGAUGAGGCUGCCAGGACGGAGAAAUUUGUUAGAGGACUCAGGCUAGACCUUCAGGGCAUUGUCAGAGCCCUCCGCCCAGCCACGCAUGCUGAUGCACUACGUAUAGCACUGGAUUUGAGCCUGCCUGAGAGAGCCGAUGCGUCUAAGGCUGCCGGCAGAGGGUCAGCCUUGGGACAGAAGAGAAAGGUUGAGACGCAGCCUGACGUAGCACCGCAGCGAACACUGAGGUCAGGAGGUGUCUUCCAGAGACACCGACGGGAGCUUGCAGCAGCCGGGAGGACUCUGAGAGAGCUACCCGCUUGUACUACCUGCGGGAGAGUCCACGGAGGUCGUUGCUUGGCUGGAAGUGGAGUCUGCUUUAGGUGCAGACAGCCGGGGCACACUGCUGAUAUGUGUCCUCGGAAACCCUUUGAGACGACACCGCCCCAGCCUUCUGCGGCCCAGCAGGGGAGAGUUUUCGCCACUACCCGGCAGGAGGCCGAGCGAGCUGGCACUGUGGUGACAGGUAGAGGACGAGGCAAGGGCAAGGGCAAACUGGCGAGCGACCCGAAGUGAGACCGAGGAGGGCCAUAGGGACUACCGCUUCCGCUUAUUUCUUAUUUCAGAUUUUAGCAUUUGAGUUUGAGUACUUUUUUUAUUUUUUCUAUCUUUUAUGUAGAUAGGGCCCGAGUAGGAUUUCAGAACGUUUUUACAUUUUUGCACGACUACCUUGUUUAUGCUUUUAUAAAUGAAUUUCUUGAACCGUAUGCUUUUAAUAAAAUUUUAUGACUUAAACCACUUGUUCUAUAUUGAGUAAUGACUUCGAUUCAGUAUAAGGAGUUGGGUCG